CAAGCGACACAGAGUUGCAGCCGAUCAGAGUUCAAUCAUGCCUUCCAACACGCCGCUCAUCCUCUUGGUCCUGUCCUGCCUCUGUCUGGCCAUGGCACAAGUGUCCUUCGACGACUGCUGCCUGUCGUACGUCAACAAGCUGGACAAGAAGGUCCAAGACCGAGCCGUCAAGUACAGAAUUCAGCAGACGGACGGAGGCUGCAACAUCCGCGCUGUCAUCUUCACCAUGAGGAAAGGUCGUGUGUACUGCACUGAUCCCCGACACACGUGGGUGCAGGAACUGAUGGACGCCAUCGACAAGAAGUCUGCUUCCCACCCCAAGGGGAACACCAGAAAGCGUCAGAGGAGCCGCUUGAUCGGCUAAAGAGGACAUUCUGGAGGAGGGAAAUCAGGGUCAAAGCUUGCACGUUGUAAUGCCAUCUUUUACUAAAUGAUCUUUUCUAUCUUUCAAAAACGUUUCGUCGUAAAGCUGCUGUGAUUGGAUGGUGAUGGAGUGUGUGUGCGUUCUUUGCUGUAAAUGUUUUUUUACUCUUGCCAAGCACUAUUACAAUAAAG